GCUUCCUCUCUCACAUAGCUGUCGGGCACUGAGCGCCUUGUAAAAUGGCCCAACACAGGGUACAAUCUGGCGAUCUCCAAAACGAAGUGAUCUUGCUUUCGCAUAACAGGAAGGUGUCCAAAAGAAUGUCCUCCAUCAUGGAGCUGAAGGAAAUCUUCCACAAUGCUGAUGCGGUGUGCUUUGACGUGGACAGCACGGUCAUCCGAGAGGAAGGCAUUGAUGAACUGGCCAAAUUCUGCGGUGUUGGAGAUGCGGUGGCGGAAAUGACGCGCAGAGCUAUGGGCGGUUCAGUGACAUUCAAGGCAGCUUUAACGGCACGGCUGGGCCUCAUUCGCCCGUCCUAUGAGCAGGUGCAGAAACUAAUAUCGGAGCAUCCACCUCAGUUGACUCCAGGAAUAAGGGAACUGGUCAGCCGACUCCAUCAGCGAGGCGUCCAGGUCUUCCUAAUCUCUGGAGGGUUCCAGAGCAUCGUAGAACAUGUUGCUGGGCAGCUGCACAUUCCAACAGCCAAUGUGUUCGCCAAUCGGUUGAAGUUCUACUUUAAUGGGGAAUACGCAGGCUUUGAUGAAGCACAGCCAACGGCUGAGUCAGGUGGCAAAGGACAAGUUAUCAGCUACCUCAAGGAGCAGUUUCAGUUCAAGAAGGUGGUUAUGAUCGGAGAUGGAGCGACGGACAUGGAAGCUUGCCCACCUGCGGACUGUUUCAUUGGAUUUGGAGGCAACGUAGUGCGGAAACAAGUCAAAGAAAAAGCCAAAUGGUACAUCACUCACUUUGAUGAGCUGCUGAAAGAACUGGAAGAGCGAUAAAUUAUAGCAAACACUAGUCUUAUUUUAUUAACAUUUGUCAUAGAUAGACGUAUAACGAUGCAAUUAAACAUGUUCUUAUUGUUAUUUGCAAA